CAAGAGUAAUGUGGCCGAAUCCUUUUAGGCUUUUAUUAGCUCGAUAUACUCUAUCGAUUGAGGUAUAACUCAUUAGAAAUGGAGGGUAUCACCUCGGACGGUUCCCUCGUUAGAGUAAAACAUUUUCGAUUUUGAUCAAAUAAUCAAAAUAAUAUAAUCAUGCUUGAGAAUAACAACCAUCAGAAACAAACAGACUUUAAUUUUCGGGUAGCUCGAUCCAAUGCAUACCUAAUCCAGAGUUUUAAAAGUCAUUUUCAAUGCUCUUCUUCUGUUGAAAUACAAAAAGAUGUUUUUUGUCAUGGAAAAACUACGGUUUUUAUUAUUUUUUUCAAAUUAAAAUCAUGUAAUGUAGUAUGCUUUGAAAAUCAGCUACAGAGUGAGAAGAGCAUCAUUUUGAACACAAUGAUGCAAUCACCGUUCUUCAUAGGCAUUUACAUCCAGAUUUGAAUAACAACAACAAAACGUGUAUUGUAUAAUUAGUUUAUAUGAUCCUUACUUAUUGUCUUUUAUGGCACCGUUUAAAAAAUUGUCUUUUUCUUGUAGAGUAGUUCUGAGAUAAAUGUAGUAAAACACUCAUUGAUACUUGUUCAAUCGACAUCAAACACUUCAGCUAGUAUUCGAUCGAGUAACAAUGCGGAAGGUGAUACAACUUUUCAUUUGUGUUUUUUUUUCGUCUUUUUAGCGUAACGGAUGGGAUAGAAAUAAUGGAAAAACCUUUCAAUUUAUUCUUACUCACUCGAAUGAAGUUUUAAGAGCUUAUUCUACAUUUAAAAGAUAGAUUUUUUCAUUCUACAAACUUUAGGUAUCUGAUAUCCAUACUUUGUUUGAUUAUUUGAAAAAAUAACGUAGACGCAAGACCAGAAAGAAGCAUAAUUGUGACGCUCAGUCAAAUGUUAGUAACUUUUCAACUUUUAAGUACUAACAUGAAAACUUACCAAAUGGGUAUAAAAAUGUUCACCGAAUUCAGGGCUACGGUUUUGAUUAGACUUCUUGUUCACAUGGCAUCAAAACUAUUUAGAUGCAUAAGAAAAGUUAUCAUUUUACUUGGCAAUAUAUUGGAAGAAAAGCAGAAAAAAACUUGUCAAAGAAUGCGGUGUGUAUGCGUGUAAAAACAUACUGUUUUUUAUGAAGCGCUGCCAUUCAUUUUGGUAAAGAAUUCUUGACACCUAGCGGUAUGUCGUAAAAAGUUUAGUACAAAAACGUCAUAGAAGUUUGGAAUCAUUCAGUAUUACUGACAAAAUGUCAGAAAUAAUUUAUUUUUUAUGAGAAUUAAUUGAACGAAGCCGCUUUCUUCACACAAAGUAGCUGAGGUAAAUAGUUACUAGAAAACUUUAUUCUAUGAUUAAUCAGAUUAAGGAUCAAAAGGCUUCUUGAUUGUCCUCUCUCUGCGUGUUAUAUUUUCAAAUAAUCAAACAAUGUGUGAAUAUUGGAUACAUAACGUUUUGUAGAGCAAAAAUGUCUCUAUCUUCUCGAACGUAGAAUAAAAUCUUAAAACCUGAUUCAAGUAAAGUUAGAAUAAGCUGCAAGGUUUCCUCACUGAUUUUAUCUUGUCCAUUAUUCCAGAGUAGCUUUUGAUCUACUCGAUAAUUUUCCACAAUGUCCGCUCAGUUUCGUCCCAAAUUAGUCUUUCUCAAUUCGUUCCAGCUAAAUUUGUAUAUAUAUUUAGAGUAAAUGUACUUUUGAUACACGAAAAAAAGAUACUUUUGAUCACCACGUUUUUUCAGCAUCCAUCUCACAUUUUUAUUUCUCAACAAAGUAUAAUGUACAACACAAACAUAUUCAAUGAGAUUUUUAAUCAAAUGAAUAUUAACGCUGUGCUAACUUUCUUAGAACGCCCUUUUGCUUUUCGUUUGCCUAAUGGUUGAAUACGUAUUUUAUCGCUAACUUGAUACAAGGUAAAUAAAAUUGCUACACGAAUAUACUAAUAAUGGUACAAUAAACCAACAGGAUUGAACUUGUAUCAAGUUAGCGAUAAAAUACGUAUUCAACCAUUAGGCAAACGAAAAGCAAAAGGGCGUCCCAAGAAAGUUCGCACAGCAUUACUAUUCAUUUGGUUAAAAAUCUCACUGAAUAUGUUUGUGUUGUAUAUUAUACUUUGUUGAGAAAUAAAAAUGUAAGAUGCAUGCUGAAAAAAAUUUGGUGAUCAAAAAAAUUGAUACCCUAUAUUUAACUCUCAGUUUAUCCCAGAUUUUUUAAUGUAUAAUUUUCAAAAUGUUAACAGCUUCUUUUUCAUAUCAAGGCCUAAUUAAUUUAUUAUGAUAAAAAUUAAAAGCACACAGUAUCUUCCUAUGAUUGGUAGUCUGAAUAUACUACAAUACAAAGAAAAACAAUUCGUCCCAACUAAUUUUUCACAUAAUUUAAUAAUAAUCUUAUGUAUUCACAACAAAUAUGAGUAACCAAAAUAAUAGCCAAAGAAAUAAUUAAUUUUUUAGUCAAACUUGUUUUCACAGCUCUACCACAUUUAAUAGCUAAUUGAACAUUAGUUAGAAUACCACUACUAUGACUAAUAAGUAAUUGCUUUAGUUUAUUAUUAAUGUCAUUAUAGACUUUUUUUCGUUUAUGUGUCUGAAUAUUUGAUUCUUCAGCUUGAUGAUUGAUGGUGAUACUGUGUGCUUUUAAUUUUCAUCAUAAUAAAUUAAUUAGUCAUUGAUGUGAAAAAGAACCUGAUGACAUUUUGAAAUUUAUACUUUAAAAAAUCUGGGACGAACUGAGAAUAAAAAUUAUGUGAAAAAUUAGUUGGGACGAAUUGAGAGAGACUAAGUUGGGACGAACCUUGAGACUAAACCAUUUUUUAUUACUUCCAUCAGAAAUCGCGGCUAUCAAAAUUCUAAUUGGAAUUUUUCUCUUGAUAUUGUUUUAGUUGACGAGACGAUUGAUCCAUUGCGCUUACCAGAGAUAAUAAUUAUUUUAUGUGUGUUACUGCUAUGGUUACUAUCGAUUUUUGUCUUUAUUCGUCAUUCUGAAUUAUUACGGAUUCGUCAUCGUGAUUUACCGUAUAAAUAUGGAAAUAUAAAACCACCAAUGAACUUGAAUCAUGUUCUAAUUGUUGAUAGAACAAGUGAAACGGUUAUACAUUCAAAACGUGGAUAUUCAUUGUGUCUAAAAUUACCUGCGUUUCCACAUGAAAGUGAGAAUAAGGAUGAUAAUAGUAAUAUUGAUGAUAAAAAUCUAGUCACACUUCCAUUGCCUCUCAAACGUCAUACACAAUCGUUUGAUUACGGUAAUUCAGAAGGGUCUAGACAAAGAGAAGAAAAGCUGUUAAAGCCGUAUCAGAUACCUUCGAUCGUUCGACGAAGUCUUUUAGAUCUUCACAAAGCAACUCAUGAAAUGUCACAACCAUCUACUUCACGAUCAUUUACAAAAUAUUUAUCAUCAUUAUCUGUGAACAAAAAUCAACUAAAAUCUUCUUCUAUCGAUAAGGCAACUGAACGUGUUUUGCAAGAAUCUCCUGUAUAA